UAUCAAAACUGCUUAACUUAGAAGCAAUAGGUGCUAAGUCUCCUAGCAACCAUUUAAACAAUAAGGAGACCAGUCCUUCGGGAUUUGACUGCUAACGACUUCAAUUAUGUCCCUUUGUGUCAUGUUAUAAYUUAACAACGUSRGGUCAACAAAGCUUCUACGGCUGUGAACAUCAAGCUUAAGAAUGGGCUUCUUCCUUGUGAUCUUUUGAGCAAACUACUCUGUGGUCUUAGAGAUCAAUGCUGUCGAAUACAAGUUGAACGAGUUUAAUCCACAGCUGAGCUGAUGCAUCAUGCCUGUACGAAAGCCCAUCCAAAGGCCUAGUACAUGUUGCUCUUCAAAGAUACAGAGAGAGGACUCCAAUGGAACUCGACAAGGACAAGCCGCGUGGAUGGCUUUCCACAAGCAACGUUCAUUCACGCCAAAGGUAGCAGAGCAAAAAGCUGUGGCAACACCAAUGAGCUGGCCAGGAUGCGCGAGACCCCCAGCUGGACUGGGCACGCUAGAUGCAAGCUACAGGCAAAACCGACUAAUAUCAACAGCCCAACCGWCAAGAGGGAUUUAUGGAAAGCGACUUCCUCCAAUAGAAGACCCACAAAAUUCUAAAAUAACAAACAUUGAACGAGGAAGCCGACAUCAUAAAAGUAACAGUUUACAAAAGAGAGAAAAUAACGGCUUUUCAGCCAAAAAAUGGGCAAAUCAUCGCUCAACUCAAAUWUAUAACGGGACAUUACAUAYACGCAAAAAUGAAACACAGUUUCAAAAUCCGCAAGAGUUCAAACGAGCGUUUCCAGUCCCCCGGCAAAAGAGGMGGGAMGUUGUGGUAAGACUGGGCGAGAGAGAAGCCGCUUCUCUAAGAAGAUUGCAAGGAAUUUACGCCAAUACGAAAGAAAGAAAUYUACGUGCRGAGAGAAUUCAGCAGACUUUAAAAGCUUUACAAGAUAAAACUUUGCAUACRGAGGUAAACGAAAGUUUACGGGAAUACAAGAAAARAGUAGAAACUGAUAAAGGKAAUCGAYUGGAGUUGAAACGAGUUCGMGAUAAUUACUACAAAGAYAAAAAGCGGAGGACUUCGMGGUCGCAUAUMAGCUUAAAUGCUCUAGAAACACCGCAAGUAUCYCGGCAUGCAUACGGACUACCGGAGGACGGGAAAGAAUUCGAAGAAACUCAGCUUGUACACAAAACCGAAGAAAAAUUGCAAGAAAUUUGGCAAAAGGCUGUMCGUAGGGCUAUUGUUAUUGAUAAAUUAAUCAAAUGYAAUACAAAUACGAAUCAACAAGAACAGAUGCACUUACCCAAAAUCAUCGUCAAGCGCUCACCACAUCCAAAAAAUCACAAGGAAUCAGAAGGUGAAUCUCCUCCUCAACCUAAAUCCGGUUAUACCAAUCGCAGUGAGCUUAUAGAUGUUGAAAUGGCAGAGUUAGACGCRAUAUCAUCAGUUGGUUCCGACAUCGAUGAUGAUUUGACAGACACUGGAGACGAAGACUAAUAUAAAGGCAAUGAACAAUUCAGUCUCAUUAUUGGCGAUGGGAUCAUUUAUGGAAGACAAGACAGUACAAYAAGACUGCCAUUUUGAUGKCAUCUACUUAUUCAAGAUGGCGCCCGCAAGARUGAAGUGUCACUGUUCUCGCUUGUCAUUGGCUAAACAAUAAGAGAUGGACUUAUAUUUGUCCAGUAAAGCCUGAACAAUUACACUGGAAGACCAAGUAUUCUAGAUACUUUAAGAUGUUUUUUGAUUUACUUUUUAAAAAUAUCUGAAAGUUACUUCACAGUUGCCCUUUCUGGAAUUCAAAAAGGAACUUGUACUGAGUCAAAAUCUGACGUGGGAAAUUGCACGCAAAUGAUCUCGGAUACACGUGGGCCUUUAGGAUGUGCUCUGAACUUUUUUCCUCGUUUUAUCUUUCUUUCUUACGGCAAAUGUAUCUCUAUUAUGUUUCAAAUUAUCUAUAUAAUAAUAUAUCAUAAAGAAAUUUAAUGUAGUAUUUAUCUAUGAAAAGAUUAUUAGGCAUUAUUUAAAGACAAUGUUAUCAUUAUAUUUGAGUUUUAACAUUUUAGUUAUAAAAUCUUUAUCAAAUAAUAGUGUCAAAAAUUCUGCGUU